GUAAGUUCCAGUUUCACGAGAAGUUUCGCUAUGCGGUGCUGCGUUGCCUUUGCUUGGCUGCUGCUGGCCCUGACCGCUGUCCUGACUCAUGCGUCACACUAUUCGCGAGAUGAGAGCAACGAAGCUUCCAAGACCGAAUUCAACUUGGCCUCCACUUUCAAAGGCGGAAUUACCAGCAGUCGUCAUCAUGAGCGUGCCAACCUUAACUCGCAAUUAUAUCCGGAUCUACGGCAGCAAUCAAGUAGGUCAGCUGAUAUUGAUGAGCCGUCCGCUCAUGAGAACGGCGGCAGGGGCACUAAUGCCAUCGAUCUUCGCGCUGGCCCGUAUGGAACUGCCGUGAGAAAUCCACCGCCACAGCCGAAUGGCUUUUCAAAUCAUCCCACAAGCGUUCUUGGACAACCACAGACUGCAGAGUUUCCUGGAUAUGCAGCUAAUGGAAAUCCGCAAGUGCUGCCUCGUCCUGGAGUCAAUCCGUCAGGCGUAUACCCAAGUUAUGGAAACCAACAACCCGUAUAUCCCGUACUUCCUGCUUACCCGUAUCCAGGACAAUACUUACCACAGUAUCCAUCCUAUCCAUCUUAUCCAAACUAUGGACCGAACGUACCUGUAAUAGCGCAUCCAGGUGCGCCACCCAUAAGCUAUCAGAAUCAGCAAAAUUAUGCACCACAAGCGGCACCAGGACAACAUGAUCGUUGGGAUCGCAGAUUCAGAAUGAAAACUGAGUACUCGGAGGAUGGAGUACACAAGGGACCCUUCAGCGUACUGAACAAUCACGGCUCGCAGGGCUACGGCAGUGGUUUUGGAGGCGGCUACAAUGGCGCAUUCAACAGGCCAGGUUACUGAAAAACUAAACGCUAGAAAGAUUAUAAGUUAUGGUCAUAAGUUAGGUGUAAGCUAACCUCACUGUGUCAGGUUUAAGAAGAGCAGCAGCUGCUCGGCCGAGUCUGUUUUAAUAAACUUGAUUUUUUGCCCACACUCAACCGAAGUAAUUAGCAAUAUACCCCGGUUGCACCUUAAGCAGCGGCAGCAGCAGCAGCAGCAGCAGGAACACGAAAAAUAAGAGGACGACAUCAACACGAGGACAACUUGGCCUUUUGUCCUAUACGCACAUAAGAAAGGCACCCUACCUUGCGAACCGGAAAAAAGAAACAUGCAUUUCAGUUGCCUCACUAUUUCUGUUGAGGAAGCACACAAUGAACAUUGAACUACCUGGCUGAAGGCAGCCCUGGCAGCCGAAAAAAAAUGAAGUACAGGCGCACAAUGGCAGGAGGACAGAGGACAGACGACCGACAACCGACGACCGACAAGGAAAGGUGGUAGAAAACGUCAAGGAGACAGACAGGCGGCUGCUGUUGCUGCUGCUGCCUGCCCUUUUUCAGGCUCAACUGCAGCGGCAUAAAUUGGUUAUGUAUGCAGUGAUUUGUUGGACAAAGACGAUUACGGCAACGGGAACGGGAAGAGGUUGAUGUCUUGCGGCGCAUGCGCAGCCUGCCAACCAAAACCCAAAAUAAUUUGGCGCUAAAAUGUGCAGACGGGCGCGCCAAA